AUCGGAUAUCGGAUUCAAAUCGCUUCGCUACUGUUGUCAUCCUCGCACUAUUAUUUAUGCGACUUCGUAAUGAAUAUCUUAAACCUAAUCUAAAAUCCUAACGCACUAAUUAAAAUCUUGUUAUCUAACCUCAACCUGCUUUUUACUGGAUGUCCUUUUUAGUUAUGCCAGAUGCUGAUCAUAUCAAAACUGUUAUUGUAUGAUAAAAGCAUUGCCUUCCGUCAUAUAAGUAAACAAUUGUAAUAGGCGGGUUGAUGACUUAAUAUCGUCAGUAUUAUUUUCAUUUCUUGUUUCAAUGAUUAGUCCUAAUUUUUUCUCUUUCUUUACUCUUCCAGAUUGUCCCUCGCUAUUCUUCACUUUAACGUCACAGACUAGGUGCCUUCAAGCCAUACAUAAACGUUGCACUCCCGGAUUGAAUGAGUACAUGCGGAUUUGAAUUUUUGUCCACAUAUCUUAGAUGAAUUCAUCAGGGGACCACGAAAGACAGUGAAUUCCACCAAUAACGACCUCAAAAUUAAAAAAUAAUGACUCAUAAUUGCUCUAAAUCUAUACUUAUUGGACCAUCAAUUUUGAAUGCUGAUUUAUCUAAACUAGCUGUUGUUUGUGAUCAAUUAAUUAACUCUGGAGCUGACUACCUACAUCUAGAUGUUAUGGAUGGACAUUUUGUACCGAAUAUUACAAUUGGACAUCCUGUUGUGGCUUGUUUAAGAAAAAAUCUCCCAUCGAAAACUUUCUUAGAUCUUCAUAUGAUGGUUUCAAAUCCAGAAAAGUGGAUUGAAAAUAUGAAAGCUGCUGGUGCAAGUCAAUAUACUUUUCAUUUGGAAUCAACUGACAAUGUUAUGCAGUGUAUUCAUAAAAUACGUGAAGCUGACAUGAAAGUUGGUCUUGGUAUAAAACCAAAUACAUUAGUCACUGAAUUAUUACCUUAUAUUGAUUCGGUUGAUAUGAUUUUAAUUAUGACUGUUGAACCGGGUUUCGGUGGACAAAAAUUUAUGGCAAAUAUGUUAUCAAAGGUUAAAUACCUUCGAGAAAAAUAUGCAAACUUGGAUAUUGAAGUUGAUGGUGGUAUCACUUUGAAGAAUGUUCGAGAUUGUGUCGAAGCUGGAGCGAAUAUGAUUGUUUCUGGUACUGAAAUUACUAGUCAUGAAAAUCCUGCGAAUAUAAUCAAAUUGAUGCGAUCUAAUGCUGGUCAACUUUUUCAUUCCAGUAUUCAAUGAUUCAUGAAAUAAUUUGAUGAUAAUGUAUUUUUUGCCUUAUUUUUUAACCUUUAAUCAAAACAAAAAUCUAUGAUUUGACCAAACUAAAUUGUGUAAAUUUUUUUUUACUUAGUUAUAAUCAGUUGAAAAAAAAUUGAGCUAAUUUUCAAAGUUUUCCAAUAUGUAAUAUAUUUUUCAUGAGCUAGUGU